GGAUGUUAUUCCUCCUUCUUGUGGGUUAGUCUCUGGUCUUUGUCUUCUUCGUUCGUUUCACCGAAAUUGUAAGAUUCACAUUUGAUCCACGAGACAUGUACACGAACAAAUAGUUUUCAUCACCAAGUGUCUCCCUCAAAAACUCUCCCUUGGUUUCCGUUUGAUCUGGCAUGCUUCUCCUCCUCCUCCUCCCUUGCUCAAUUCUGUUUUCGUUUUCUCCGAUCCUCGCAUUUGUCUUUUUUUGAAGAAAAUAAACAGAAGAAGUUCAACUUAUUAGCAAAAAAAAACUUUAGUUUUUUCUUGAGAACCUUGUUGAUAAGUGUGGAUGGGUGCCCCAAAGCAGAAGUGGACACCGGAGGAAGAAGCAGCCCUUAAAGCUGGAGUUCUUAAACAUGGCACUGGCAAGUGGCGUACUAUACUCUCCGAUCCUCAGUUUAGCUCUGUCCUUAAGUCCCGCUCUAAUGUUGAUCUCAAGGACAAGUGGAGAAAUAUAAGUGUGACUGCGUUAUGGGGUUCAAGGAAGAAGGCUAAACUUGCACUUAGAAAGACAUUGCCGGCUCCUCCUAAACAGGAUCAUACCAACAACACUACAUCUCUUAGCAUUGUGCCUUUGGCUAAUGGCCAAGAACGGACAAAUCCAACAUCGCCUGGAGGUUCUGGUGCGGGAUCGCUACAAACUCAUGCUUCAAAGAGAUCAAUUACAAGUUUGGACAGGAUUAUCUUGGAGGCAAUUACUAACUUGAAGGAACCACGCGGUUCAGACAGAACCUCCAUCUUUAUGUAUAUAGAGGAGAAUUUCAAGACUCCGCCGAAUAUGAAAAGAAAUGUGGCAGUUAGAUUAAAGCACUUGUCAUCAAAUGGACCAUUAGUUAAGAUAAAGCACAAGUACAGGUUUUCAACUAAUUUUACUAGCGUUGGAGCAAGACAGAAGUCUCCUCAACUCUUGUUGGAAGGAAACAACAAAAAAGACUCACCAGAACCCGUAGCCCUCCGAGCAGACGGAGAGUUGCUUAUGAUAAAAGGCAUGACAGCUCAAGACGCUGCAGAAGCUGCUGCAAGAGCAGUUGCAGAAGCAGAGUUUGCAAUCACAGAGGCAGAAGAAGCAGCAAAAGAGGCAGAAAGAGCAGAAGCCGAAGCUGAAGCUGCUCAGAUAUAUGCUAAGGCAGCUGUGAAAGCUUUGAAGUUCAGAAUCCGUAAUCAUACUUGGUAAAACAUUAAAGCAAGAGAAGCCAUCCAUCAUGGGAAAGUUCUAUAACAGAGCAAGCCCCUAUAUAUACAUAUCUAUCAUUACCAGUCAGGCGGUAUCUCAUCACCUGCAGAGUUAAAAAAGUUUUCACUACCUUUCUUCUCUUUUUGUUCUGUUUUGUAGAAGUGUAAAUCCGCUGUUUGAUCAUAUAUGUAUGUUCAUAUCUCUGAGAUUCUGUAAAACUCAAGACUUUCUUUCCUCUGUAUGUGGAUGAUCUGCUUGGCACUUGUAGGUUUGAAGGAGAUGAAUAAACAAGUAAAUUAAGAUUUUUUGAGAAA